AUGUCCACGAUCUACAACUCCCAGCUCGACGCCUUCGAACUCCACCACCUCGUCCAGGAACUCUCCUCCUCCUCCACCCCACACCCUUCCACCACGAGUAGUCCGAUCCUCGAAGCCCUCCAACACGCCCUCUCCGGCGCCACGGGAGCCGCCCUCUCCAACAUCCUCAUCUACCCUUUGGACCUGAUCAUCACCAGACUGCAGAUCCAGCGCCAACUCCACAAACAUACCACAUCAUCAAGCGACAGGUCGAGAAACGCGGAAGAAUACAAGAGCUUAAGCGACGCCGUAACCAAAAUCGCAGACAAGGAUGGCUGGCAGGGCCUCUGGGCGGGGUGCAAGGGAGACACGAUGAAGACGGUGUUGGAUGUCGGCGGAUUCUUUUUGGUGUAUACUUGGGUCCGGGGGCGGGUACUCGCGAGGCGAAGCCGAGCAGCACAUCUGACUGCGUGGGAGGAGCUGAGUGUGGGCUGGGUUAGCGGGAGUAUGGUACGAGCGGUGGUGAUGCCGUGGAGUGUUGUUGUUGCGCGGGCGCAGACGAGGGGGAUGGGUCCAUCGGGCUCUGACAGGGACCAGCAGAAGGGUGAAUCGUUGCGGCAGAUCGCUGAGCAAAUCUACCGUGAAAAAGGCCUACAGGGCUUCUGGGCGGGGUAUCAAGCCGCGUUAGUCCUUACGCUGAACCCCAGUCUGACGUUUGCGCUGCAUGCGGUGCUGAGUCGGAGUCUGCCGCGGAGCCUGAGGGAGAAGCAGGGCGCAGUGACGACGUUCUUGGUGAGUGCAAGCAGUAAGGCUGUCGCGAGUGCGGUUAUGUACCCGUUCAGUCUGGCGAAGACGCGGCUGAUGGUCGGUGGGAGGCGGGAGAGGGAGUAUGAGGAGGAUGCAGAAAAAGAGGUUGAGGCGAAGGCGAGCGGAAAUAAGGGAUUGAAGAAGGAGAUUGUGAGGGAGACGUUGUUGAGCACGUUGAUGGGGAUUGUUGAGAACGAGGGGAUUGGGGGUUUGUAUGAGGGUUUGGGGUUGGAGAUGUGUAAGGGCUUUCUGAGUCACGGGAUCACCAUGGUCGUCAAACAAGCUGUGCAGCGGUUUGUUGUCAAACUAUGGUAUAUCCUCAGUGUCUUGUCAAGACGGUACCGACGAAGAAUAAGUGGAGAGAGGAUGAAGAAAAGAGCGACGGAGACUGUCGAGUACUAUAAUCUUGCGAUGGCGCGGGCGGGGGAAAAGAUCGAGCAUGGGGUGAAAGAGACGGUGGAAUGGACGAGACAGAAGGCAAAUGAAACGGCGGAGUUUGUGGGAGAGUAUGUGGAAGAGGGCGAUACGGAGGGUUGGAGGGAGGCGUAUUUGGGCCCGUUGGACUUGUCGAGGUGGUUGGAUGAGCGGAAGAAGUGA